CUCUUCGAUAACACUGCCCCAGCCUAUCGGACGCAUCUGCCAGUGUGACCGUGGCGCUGGCCCCAGUGUGGCUGCACGCCAUCAGCUGGUGAUAUAACCUGACUGCGAGAAAUUGAAAACAACGAAAUGCUGCGCAGGAUAGUGCCAAGUGUGCGGCUGGCGCUGCAGGUGCCGAGAGCAACCACAACUGCCGUGCGGAGCACCAGUGGCAGUGUUUACGAGCCGGAUUACCUGGAGUCCCUCAAGCCAAAGUUCCCGCAGUACGACAGCCUGAACGUGCAGAUCAAGGGCUACGACUAUCCGCAGCUGGAGAGCUACCAGAGGUUUCUGCACGGAGUGGCCGAGUACCUGGACCUGGACGUCUCCGAUUGCUACGCCCUGCCGCCGCAGCAGACGACGGUGCAGCGCCUGCGGCCCAACUCCACGGUCAUCGAGUCGGAGUACAAGCUGACCACGUACGAGCGCAAUCUGCAGCUGAACAACGUGGAUGCGCCAGUGUAUCCGCAGUUCCUGCGCCUUGCCCAGGCGGCGCUGCCCGAGGGAGUGAGCCUGAGGGUGCAGGAGCACACCGACGACUGCGAGGAGCGACGCUACGUGCCCGACAAGGAGCUGCUCGACCUGAAGGACGAGCUGGAGCGCAUGGGCGGACCCACCACCACCAAGAAGAAGUAGGCGGCGCCUCCGAUUUGGCAAACAUUUAAUGCUAGGCUUUAAUGAGUAACCUGUGUAGAGAGUAUAGAGAACCUAUGAGUAAAAACUUUCCUAUUUAAA